UCGAGAGAACUUUUCAGCUAAAAUUCUGAAUGAAAAUUUUCUCUCUGUAAUAUUUUAGUUUUUUAAUAACUUUAUAAUCGAAAUGUAACGCUUAAGUAUAUUAAAUAAACUAAGUUGUAUAAAAGCUACAGAAUGAGCAUAAACAUGAGUCGAAUAUGAUAUGUUAAAAGCUAUAAAAUUAAAAAAUAAAAAUUGAUUUUUUUUUUUCAAAAUUCAUUGUGAAGAUUUUUUGAGAAAAAAGGAAAAGAUACGCGAUUUAAUAAUAUAAGUGCUGCUUGCUUGCUAGAUUAUUUAGACGUUGUGAAAAAAGAAAAAUAUAUAAAGAGUUCCACAGAAAUAGAAUUAAAGAAUUGUGAGUCACGGAUCUACGGAGUGUGACAUUUAUUUAAUAUAAAGUGAAAGUUUAAUAAAAAUUAAAAGGAGAGCUAUAAAAGAGCCACUUAAAGUGCAGUGAAUCCCACAAAAAUAUUAAAAAUAUAAUAAUAAUAAUUAUUAUUACCAGUUCACAUUUUCGAGGCAAAAAAAGGCAGACUGAAUGGUCUUAAAUUCACUUAUACCACUUAUGGAUGAAACGACAUUGUCAGGAAUAUUAAGCAAAGAAACGCAUCUUCAGCUACCGAAACCAAUUUUUAAUAAUCAUGAUCCAACACAAUUGAGUUCACUUUUUAAAGGUACAACAACGCAAAUUCCUAUAGACUCACCAACAUCAGCUGAUCAAGUCCAUAAUAAUAGAAAUCGUAAAAGUUUAUCAUCAGCUACAAAUCAUCUAAAUGAAUUCUUAAAACCUCACAGUAUUUUGACAAACAAUAAUUCAUCCGAGAGUGACGAUGAUGAUGCUAAGCACGAUGAAAUUAAUUUGUAUCCACUUGCAAAUCAAGUUGGGGGACACACAAGAUUAUUAUUAUUAAAUGAUAAAACUGUCAUUAAGCCACUCAACAUUCGUGAAUUGGAAUUUUAUCAAAACAUUCCCGGAAAUGACAUUCAGCAUUUUGUUCCAAAUUAUAAAGGUGUGAUGCAAGCUUCAACGGGCGAGGAAUUCGAGAAACGCUACAGCCCCAAUUUUAAAGUUGAUGAAUCACUGAGGCGUCAAAGUUCUACAAAAAGGAAACGAGACGAAGUACUACGAAUGAAAAUUCAUAAAAAUGGAAAUGCAACAGAAGUACUGAAAAGUAUUUCUAUUUUAGACAACAGUAAUAAGCAAUAUUUUUUGAUGCUGGAAAAUAUAACAUCAAAAUUCAAACAACCAUGUAUAUUGGAUUUAAAAAUGGGAACUAGACAGCAUGGUGAUGAUGCAUCAGCUGAGAAACGAUCAAAACAAAUGGCCAAGUGCGCGGCAAGCACAUCAGGCUCUCUUGGCGUGCGAUUAUGUGGACUACAAAAGUUUAAUUAUCAUGACAAGAACUUUUUAAGGCGCGAUAAAUAUUGGGGUAGACAGUUGAGCGAAGAGCAGUUCAAAAAAGCAAUUCAUGAUUUCUUCCAUAAUGGCAUUCGUCUUCGUACAAAAGUUAUUGAAAAAGUGCUGGCACGACUUGAAAACUUACAUACUGUGAUAGAGAAGCAGUCUAGCUACCGAUUUUAUUCAUGCUCCCUACUAUUAGUGUACGAAGGAAGUGAUGUCGAGUCAGAGCGCGUCGAAGCAAUAAAUAAUUCCAAUUAUGAUGCCGAUAUUUCCAAUUGUUCAAUUGAUUUACAUACUUCAAAUCACCAUCACAAUAAUCCACUAUUAAACGAUGAAAGUGAAAACGAUGGUGGAAUUGGUCAUGAAGAUGAAUCAAAUAUGGAUCAAAGUUUAUAUGCCGAUCUUCGAGCGAGAGAUUCAGGGAAUCUAGAGGAUAUAGACAAGGAGCAUAUAGAUAAUGCAAAGUAUCUUUUAUUGCCUGAAAAUCGUGCACCUUCGCCACAUUCAAUGGAUUCGUGGAUUAAUUAUAGUAACAGUAGCGAUGAAUAUUCAACGCAAGAAGUAAUUGUUCGCAAGGGUACAAAGUUGAAUCUACACGAUGAUGACGUCACGCAAUGUAACGACGAUGUGGAUGUGUAUGAUAAGAUUAAUUUUGUCAAUGCCAAAUCGAUGACUUCAUCGUUUAAGAAAUCGAAAAUUGAUAAUAAUAUAUCAUUGUCGAGGACACAAGAGGACACUGCCAAAGUUCAUGAAAAUCCAUUUCUACAAUUAUCCAAAGACAAAGAUGAUAAAUUAAUGACAUCGCCAACAUUGUGCGACGGAAAUUCUAGUAGUAGUAAGACACAUGAAACAGAUGAUGGUAUUGAAGUCGAGGAAGAUGUUGAAGAAGAUGAUCAGUUGUCAUCACUUAGUAGUAAUAUUGACACAAUUAUCGUAAGUGAGAGUGGUGAGACAAAAUUCUAUAAUGCGUCCGGUGAGCAAGAGGAGCAUCCGAGUAUAAAAAAGAAGAAAUCUUGCGAGAAUGACGGUAUUUUGGGCAUGGAAUUAAAACAUAGUUCUCACACAAAUGGACAUAGCAGUAAUAAUAAAAAUUCUCCACUUUUUGACGUUCGCAUUAUUGAUUUUGCACAUACGACCUUCAACAAGAAGGAAUCAUCACCAUAUUUGGAUGAGAAUGAAUCUAAAUUGAUUCAUCACGGACCGGAUGGUGGUUUUCUAACAGGAAUUUCAUCCUUAAAACGAAUUCUCUCUGAAAUCUUGUUUGAAGCUGUUUAAAUUGAUACUAAUUAGACAAGGAACAAGAAAAGCGGAAAAUUAGUCAACACUGCAAACAUUUCUGUUCGUCGUCUUAUUUUUUCGUUGUUGUUGUUGUUGUUGCUGUUGUAUUUCUUUCUUCUUUUCGACGAUCGUUUUUUUUACGAAUUAAAAAUAAUCUUCAAGUGGCUAUCAACAACAGACAUAAAUAGAUUUGGAUAUUUUCAUCAUAUUCUGAUUAAACAGUAGCAAAAAGAAACUUGGAUACAAUACAAAGACAUCUCCAGCGGCAUUUGACUUAUAAAACCAAAUUAAACCAAGUAUACAAACAAAACAGAAGUUAAACAGUUGUUUCUUGUCCACACAAGUUUAGUCAGUCAGCUGAUUGAAGUGCUUCAACCGUGCUUAUUUACUUACUUUACCGAUUUUAUUUCUUUGUAUGUGAAGGUGAAUCGAAAUCAAAUACUAAUCGUGUUUCUUUUAUCAAUUUAUGCGUCACUUUAAAAAAUAUACAGUAUGACAAAUCGACAGUUAAUCGUAUCAUAAAGUCAUGAAACUCGUCGAUGAUUAGGGAAUAAAGAAAAAAAAAAAAAAAACAAAUGUCAAUAACCAAUUAAUUAACGACCAAUAAGAGAUGCACAAUUGAGAAAUUUGAGUUAAUAACCUCGUAAGCAGGUUGACAUGUAGAUUAUGUCCUAUUUAUUUUUGACAUCAUCAUCAAAAAAAUGAUAAGAAUA